GGGGUAAAUGGUUUGUCCUCCUUUUUAAUCACAAUAACUCACCACAUGAGUAUAUGUGGAAUUCAGACCUUUUGAGUCAAUUUCUAUGCUAAACACAUAAAGUAGGUCAAAUUGAUGUCUACAUCUGCAAACCUUAAUUUAAAACCCUUCUGGCAAUUAGUAAAAUGUCUCUAUAGUGAUGUAUUCUGGGUUAUUGUGGUCCUUUAACAAGUCAUAGCUGACCACCGAGAGGAACUGAUGUUCCAUUGCAUGUACACUAGAAUUGUCAUUGCAUGUACACUAGGAUUGAAAAACUCCUUAUUUAGUGUUAUUCUCUCUCUCUUCCUUUCCCUCCGUCUCUCACUCUCUGUUGUUGUGUGUUUGCAGGUGGCAGAGCUGGAGGCUCAGAGUGGACUGCCUGGUCCCAGUGGGUCUGAGACGAGGGAUGAGCUGACCCAGUCAUUGGAGGAGCUGGAAGCCUUGCUCAAAGCAAAAGACGAGAUAAUCCACAAUCUACAUAGCAGGAAAUCAGAUAUCCAUGAGUUGGAGAAAGAGAGAGAAGAGGCUGUUCAGAGACUUCAGGAUCUGGAGACACGAAACGCAGAACUGGAGCAACAGGUGGAGAGCGCCGAGCAGACUCUAGCUUCCACUCUGGAAGAGCGGGAACGGGCGGAGAGUGAGGUUCAGCGGGUCAUCGACGUCCUUGAAGUCAAGAUAUACGACCUGAAUGACCUGCGACAGAGCUUGGCCAAGCUCAUCAGCAAAUAGCGCACCACAAUGACAGAAGUUUUGAGGGCGAUGGACACGGAAGGAAAAUGAAGCUCUUUCAGAACAAUGUUUUCUUAAGCACAUAACUGCAGUGAAUGAGUAGCACCUUGACUUCACCUGUUGCAGCUGUACAUAAGAACCAGUUAUAUUGUUAGGUGGGAGGCUGGGAGCAUAACCCACAGGGUCAGUUUUUCUAUUUAAACGUUGUUCUGUUGACCUUUACACCAUUUUCAUGUAAAUGUAGUUAGGUUAUGUUUCUGUCAACCUCCUUUUAUAGAGGUUCUUGACUUCAAACGUAGUUGAAUUGAAUCUGGGGUUGCACUUAAAUGUAGGUGCCUAAUUAUUGUUUACGUUUGUCAAUAUUAUGAAUGAUUAAUAAGUUAACUUCUAUUGUCUUCUGUAUUGUAUUACAUCAACAGUUGCCAUAAUAAUGAUUUGGUGAUCCUACAGAGACGUUACUGCAGAAUGAUGAGCUGCAGAGGACUUAUCACAAAAACUGCAUGAACUCAGCAAAGAACCUUGCCAAGUACAGUAAUGUGAGUUAUGCGCAUCAUCCAAUGUGCAAUCGUUUACAAAUAGAUUUAUUAAAAGCACAAGUAGUGUUAUUAGUAAAUAUGUCCUGUACUUGAUUCAAUAUAUAUAGCUAACUUGGUAUCUGAACUUUCACUGAUGCACACCAGGUGAUUUUCUUCUGACCUCGACUUUGAGGCAUUUUUUCUUGGUAUUAAGUACAAAUAAGGUGUUGAAUUAGCAAUAGUAUUUUUUGGCAAGUACUCUGUAGGUAAUGUAGCAUCACCAAAGCGUAUUCUUGUUAAUUUAUACAAACUGCAAUUGUAUUCUGUUGAACAAUGUGGUUUCUCAUUUUGCUUCAAAUGCACAUUGACUACCUAGAAGUGUUACUAUCAAUUUUAAUCGAACAAUUGAUGUGAGGAUAAUCGGUAAGAUUCACCUGCUCUGUGUACGUCAUGAUGCCUAUAUUCUUCGUUUUUGGAACAUGGUCGUUUUACAUUAUACUAGCCCAUCUCUAACCUUCUGGAGAAAAGUGGCCAUAAAAUGUUUUUUAACAAUAGAAAAUGCAGUACCAAAGAUGCACUUACUUUUCUUAACCACGUAUCACACUCGUUCUGUACUGACUGGACUGCACAAUACAUUUAAGAUAAUGAAAAAAUUAAAAUAACUUGAAUUGCCUAUGGAAUUCGUCUGUCAUUAAAAUUGAGCGUAGGAUCUGUA